AUGGCUUCACCCACCUAUUUGAGUUCUGUUAAUGAGACGCAAGCAAAUCUAUUCACAGCUUCAAACCAGAGCAGAAAGCUCACAACCAUUGAUUUAGUUGGUGGCAUUUUGUGCAAUGUCUGCUACACAACAUUUGGAAAUAAGAAAGAUUAUGAUGCUCAUUACGUAAAACAUAAUGGAGACAGUAAGGGAAUUGUCUACACAUGUGUGGUGUGCCAUAAAAAUAUUACAGGCUAUCCGAGUUUCAGAGGUCACUGUUACACUAGUCAUGUAAUGAAAGACAAAUUUAAGUGUGAUCACUGUGACAAGCAGUUCUCAAAAUUGACAGCCCUGAAAGAUCAUAUUGAUAUUAAGCACAAGUUCAAAUGCACCUCUUGCAGUCAAGAAUUCCAAUCAAAAAAAGAGAUGCAGAUACAUCAGAUUAUACACAACAAUAGUGAUAAUCCACCUUACAAUUGUCAGUCAUGCGAGAAGCAAAUCAACAGCCUCGAUGGUUGUGAAUAUCAUAUUGAUUUGCACACCUCCUUCACAUACUGCUGCCCUAUUUGUGGUGAAGCUAUAAAAAUGAAACAAUCAGCCGUUGAGCACCUCAAACAACAUUUUGGCGAUGUGAUCAUAGAUGAAAUAAUUUCGGGAGUUGAGGAAGCACCUGAUGAUGAUUUUAUAGAGAAGCUUGGUGGAAUAUUUUGCUGUAUUUGCUCAACUGUGCACAAAAACCGGAUUAAUUUUGAUGCACACUUUUCACUGAAGCAUGGGUGUCAGGAUAUAGUGUAUACAUGCAAUGAAUGUAAAAAGCAAUUUGACAAGUAUUCAGUUUUCGGUAAUCACUGCUACAAUCACUUUAUGAAAAACAGAUUCGAGUGUGAUCAAUGUUGCAAAGCAUUUCCACGUCUGUCGCUACUCGCAACCCACACAGAGGCUUACCAUGGUAGCGGUUUGUCUGGGACAAAGCCAUUUUCGUGCAUGUGUUGCGGCCACCGCGUUUGUACUCAGAAAGCGCUGCGGACGCAUCUGCGGGAACAACACAACAUAACCUGUGUGCAGUGCCCGCAGGAGGGAUGUGAGAGAAUUUUCGAAACACCGAAAGAACUGACGUUCCAUCAACGCUAUCAUAAUAAUACGCAAAAUUGGUGCCGUCAGUGUGGUCUCCUCUUUACCUCACUAUCUGCAUGUGAGAAACAUCUUGAUAUGCAUAGGAAGAAGACUUACUCUUGUCCCAUUUGUGGCCGCAACUACGGGGAGAAGCAUUUGGUUAUAAAACAUGUCUCGAAACACUUCGAAACUGUCAUCCACAUAUGCAAAGUCUGUGGAAAGACAUACAACGCCAAAAAUCGCCUUGUCCAACACAUUAAAGUCCAUUCAGACAUGAAGACACACACUUGUACCCAUUGCGGCAAAGGAUUCGUAAAACUCUGUCAUUUGCAGCAGCAUUUGAAUACACAUACUGGUGUAAGGCCUUACAAAUGUGUCGCUUGUCCAAAAACGUUUGCAAGCUAUCCGAACUUGCAUAAACAUUUGCGUAGGAUGCAUAAUGUUGACGGAAAAGGCCUCAAGAAGACUCUUUCUGAAGCUGCAAAUGAAGGAAACAGUGAAAACUCAACAGAUGCAAGUGGUUCCAAAGAGAGCACUGUUAAUUUCGAAACCGCAUCAAUUGAUAACAAUACAGAUUUUACAAACAAUGACUCGAAAAUACAUCCAUAUAAAUUUGUUGAAUCUGACGAUAGUACAAUGGAGUCAAAUAGUAUUGAUCACAUACUGAUAGAAAAGGAGUUGCAAAUUUUCGAAGCUUCAACAAGCAGUACUAACGUACAACCAGUGAACACAAAACUGUUUGUGUCAGAAGGCCCUCAAGAAUCCCCAGUCAUCAAUGAACAAAUGUCUUCCACCAUAAACUAUCCACUUGAAUAUGGACCGGAAUUCAACAGUGGCCCGGACACCACCAAUGGUUCCUGCUUCAUUGACUUGGACGAACAUAUCCUCCCACACAUAGACCCCCUCCUCACCAUCAGAAAUGAAGAACCCCUUCACACCAUGUAUGUUCAAAGUCUACCUGACUUUCCAUAUGAAAGCUUCGAUAACAAUUUAAACACCAACUUCGAUUCGAAUAAGUGGGAGCCUGUUAUAACAAAAGUCUACCAAGACUACACAUGUGGUUAUGGGGACAUGACUGACGACAGUAAGCUAUCUAUUAUGAACACUGAUAUAUUUUGA